CUCUGAGCUCCUCCCAGUAGCCUGCCCAGACUCAUUGACCAAGGAAGUUCAAAGAUCAGUUCAAGAAGGAGUCUAAAAAGUUCUGGGGCUCCAGGUCCAACAUCUGAUCAUCCCAGAGGAGAACUGCUCCCUGUGAGAUCACACUCCCAAACCUUCACCCUCUCCAGUUCCUGCGUCCUGGAGUCCUGGUGCAAAGGGAGGCCACUGGGACUGCUGUCCCAUAGCCUCUGGCUUUCACCAUGAAAACACAGCAGAAGCAACUGCUUGAAGUGAUAGGCGCUUACCAAUAUGUGCUUACUUUUCUCUUCAUGGGCCUUUUCUGUACCCUUCUGGUCUUCUUGCUCCUUUUUACCCGGCUCUGGUCCUUCUCUUUCCUCUAUUUGGUGUGGCUGUACCUGGACUGGAACACACCCAUCCAAGGUGGAAGGCACAGCAGGUGGAUGCGAAAGUGGACAGUUUGGAAACACCAAAGAGAUUAUUUCCCUAUCAAGCUACUGAAAACGGCAGAGCUGCCAGCUGACCGGAACUACGUGCUGGGUGCCCACCCCCACGGGAUAAUGGCCACAGGAAUCUUUUGUAAUUUCUCCACUGACUGCAAUGCCUUCUUCCAGCUCUUUCCUGGGCUUAAGCCUUGGGUAGCCACCCUGGCAGGAGUCUUCUAUCUUCCUAUCUAUCGAGAAUACCUCAUGUUCAAUGGGUUAUGUCCUGUGAGUCGACAGAGUCUGGACUUCAUUCUGUCACAGGCCCAGCUUGGCCAGGCAGUGACCAUCCUGAUUGGGGGUGCCCAGGAAUCCCUGUAUGCUGCUCCAGGGGAGCACCGCCUGGCACUGAGAACACGCAAAGGCUUUGUGCGACUGGCGCUAAGGCAUGGGGCCUCCCUUGUGCCUGUGUAUUCCUUUGGGGAGAAUGAUAUCUACAGAACCAAGUCCUUUGACCAAAACUCCUGGCAGUAUCGGUGCCAAGUUGCCUUCAAGAGACUUAUGGGAUUCUCCCCUUGCAUCUUCUGGGGCCGUAGUCUCUUCUCAGCCGAAUCCUGGGGUCUGGUACCAUUUGCCCAGCCUAUCACUACUGUGGUGGGCCGCCCUAUCCAUGUGCCCCAAAGCCUCACACCCACCGAAGACCACGUGGACCAUUAUCACCAACUCUACAUGAAGGCUCUGGAACAACUGUUCGAAGACCACAAGGAGGCCCAUGGUGUCCCUGCCUCCACCCACCUUACCUUCUACUAGACCUGAGACCCCGAACCCUGGGCCUGGAGACUUCCACCAAGGCAUGCUCCACUCCUUCAUAAAUGCUAAUUCUGCAGUGAACAUGGCCAACCCCAUCCCAAGGUGCUCCAGAGUGCCCUCCCUCCCCCAGUCGCGGUCUCUGCCCUGACCCUGAGUCUCUUCCCAGUGAAUCUUGGCUGUUUUUUUGACCUCAGUUAAGUCAUUACUCUAUUUGCUUAAGUAUUUACCAACAUAUGUUAAUUAUACACAACAGCACAUCUCAUGGGCCUGGAGAGAUGGCUCAAUAGUUAAAAGCACUUGUUGCUCUUGCAGAAGAUCCAGGUUGGAAUCCCAACACCCAUAUGGAGGCUCACAACCACCCGUAACUCUAGUUGCAAGGGAUCCAUUGUCCUCUUUUGACCUCCACAGGCACUAGGCAGGCACAUGGUACACACACACAUUCAUGCAGGCAAACACU